ACAGACAUGUCAAACAAGACCAUCACAUUCAUCACAGGCAAUGCUAAGAAGCUUGAAGAAGUAAUACAGAUACUUGGUAACUCAUUGCCAAUCACCUCAAUGAGACUUGAUUUACCAGAGUUGCAGGGUGAGCCAUAUGACAUCUCAGUAGAGAAGUGUAGAUUGGCUGCUAAACAGGUCAAUGGCCCAGUGUUGGUAGAGGACACUUGUCUGUGCUUCAAUGCACUGAAGGGUCUGCCAGGUCCCUAUAUUAAGUGGUUCUUGGAGAAGCUGGCACCAGAGGGUCUGUACGAGAUGCUGUCGGCAUACAACGAUAAGACAGGCUAUGCUAUUUGUAACUUUGCCUACUCAGAAGGUCCCGACUGCGAGCCGAUUGUGUUUGAGGGCCGCACCAACGGCACGAUCGUGCCACCAAGAGGUCCACGCAACUUUGGUUGGGACCCAGUGUUCCAACCAGAAACAUUCGAACAAACCUACGCCGAGAUGGACUCUGCCCUCAAGAACACUAUAUCACAUCGUCAUCGCUCGCUGGAGAAGUUGAAGGCACAUCUCUUUGCCAAUGGAUAUGGUCCAAGC